AUGCAUCAUUCGCGCCCGUCUCUGAACGGAGCCGACUCGAGCGCGGCAUCGUCAAGUCGUCUCUCGGAUACAUCGGCGCCAUCGCCUUCCUCGUCCGGCCAAAACAUGCUGCCUCCUUCGCAGUCGACUCUUCGCUUCCCAUCACAUGCAUCGCCCGCUUUCAACCCGCCCGCCUUCUGCCCGCCUGACCUGACACCAGUAGAAGCGCGUCGCAGAUCAUCGCCCAUCCAUGCCAACAUAGCAGCGUACCCAUCGCAGCCUGAUCGCCGCCGCCAGAGCCUUGCACCAGGGGCAGCGCAACGCAAGUCCUCGGUGGACUAUGCACAGCCAUUAUCGCACCAGAUGCCGCCCGCACGACACAGCGACUCGCCAGCUGGUCCCGCCUCGGCUCACAUGUCUCCUGCACUCAAGUCUGCUCCUGUCGCCUCCAACACAACGCUCGGCAACUAUCAGCUCGGUGACUGUCUCGGUCGUGGCGCUUUCGGCUCCGUCUAUCGAGGUCUCAACUACAUGAACGGCGAGACCGUCGCCGUCAAGCAGAUCCAGCUCGGUAACAUACCAAAAGCAGAGCUCGGUGAGAUCAUGUCCGAGAUCGACCUCCUCAAGAACCUCCAUCAUCCCAACAUCGUCAAGUACAAGGGCUCCGAAAAGACAAAGGAUCAUCUCUACAUCAUCCUCGAGUAUUGCGAGAAUGGUUCGCUCCACCACAUCUGCAAACGAUUCGGCAAGUUCCCCGAAGGCCUGGUCAGCGUAUACAUCUCGCAAGUCCUCGAAGGUCUCAUCUAUCUGCACGAUCAGGGUGUCAUUCAUCGCGAUAUUAAGGGCGCCAACAUUCUCACUACCAAGGAUGGAUCCGUUAAGCUAGCCGACUUUGGUGUCGCUACCAAGACAGGGGCCAUGAGCGAGUUCGCCGUGGUUGGCAGCCCCUAUUGGAUGGCACCCGAAGUCAUCGAUCAGAGCGGCGCAACUACGGCCAGCGACAUCUGGAGUGUUGGCUGUGUCGUUGUCGAGCUGCUCGAGGGCAAGCCGCCCUACCACUUCCUUGCUCCUAUGCCGGCUCUCUUUCGCAUCGUUCAGGAUGACUGUCCACCAUUGCCCGAGAGUGCAUCCCCUGUCGUCAAGGACUUCCUCCUCCACUGCUUCCAGAAAGACGCCAAUCUGCGAGUAUCAGCUCGCAAGCUUCUUCGACAUCCUUGGAUGGUCAGCGCCCGCAAGCAGCUUCAGCAGCUCAAGUCGGGUGGCUCCUUACGCAUCGGCGGGGGCGCUCCCUCCAACACGCCACAUGAAGAAGCGGUUAAGAGUGUCCAAGAAUGGAACCAAGCGCUCAAGGAACCGCCCAAACAAGUAGUUCAGCGAUUGCAAGAACCCGAGACGGUUCGAGCUCCUAUGCAGCCCAGCCUUCGUCGAGUCAAUGCCAUCGCUGCUGAGCUCGGAACAGCCAAGCCCUUGGCAGGCCGAAAGCAGCGUCACAACAGCCGUCCUACGCUACCUGUCGACUUCAGCCCACCACAUGCACUGCCACGCAAAGAUGUGAUGGCCGAGAGUGGUCUACGACCAUCGUCCAAGCUGCUAGGGUCUGCUCAUGGGAGCAGCGCCGGCUCGCCUGGUAAUCUUUCGCCCAAUCCGAACAUCAGACAACCUCCUUCUCCAUCGCCGGCUAAUGGAUCAGGCUUCCGCACGCCCAUCGCUGGGGCUGCACCUGCGACAUCCUUGAUGGACCAUCGCGUCAAAUUGGCAGAUUUGCAACAACCAGAGAGCGUCGAUGACAACUGGGACAACGAUUUUGAAGAAGAUAUCACCACUACCAAGAUUGCAGCUCUUGAAAGGUCCUCAUCUUCGGAGGGCAAGGAUCUGUCGGCUAAGCCGAAAGCUGAGUCUGGACCUGAUCCGCCUUCUGCGAAUAGAGAUGGAACUCCUCCUUCAGCACCUGCCCGCACGGCGAUGGAGGCGGACUUCGAUCAGCGCACCAUUCGACCCGUCGCCAGCCCCAUCUUGCGCAAUGCUGCUUCAUCCCCACAGGUGCGCGGGUCUGGACAGGCCGCUAAAGACAGCUCGGCAUCUUCGCCCCUUGCCAGCUUCUCCAACGAUAUCGAUGAGGGCGAUGACUAUUCGGAUCUCGUAGGAGAUGGUCAAGAGGAUGUCAUGAAUCGACGCAUCCGUGAUCUGCAGAUGAAGAACAGCGCAGGCAAGCGACUCUUCCAUCCCAACGAUCUGGCCCGACUCGCUAGCCCUGGCGCCGGUGGCAAGUCUUCCGCCCACAACGAUCUUGGGCUCGGCUCGCCGUCUCGACCCACAGAUCGACGCAGACAGGCAUCGUCGGAGGCACUUCGCAGCUCAUUAGCCGCCUCAGCCACUCGCGCUCCCUCCAAUCCUACCAGCCCGCAAACUACCAUGCGUUUCGAAAAGGAUGAAAAGUGGAAGCAAAUGCGUCGCACCUUGGGCAAGUACUCCGAAGACCAGUCUGCUGAGGAUUAUUCGGAUCUCUUUGGCAAAGGCGACGAAGGCAACAACAGCAAAGACGACUCACUCGGCAGCGGCAACACGCUCCAGCUGACGGCUCGGCUCUCGAAUCGAUCGUGGCUUCGCGACGACGAGGCUGACGAGGACGAUCCGUUCGCUGAGAUCGACGAAGGAUUCAAUGCCGAAGCCGACCUCGAAGCCAACGUGGCGCGCGACCAGCAUGCCCGCAUGUGCGCCUUUGUCUCCGAACUGGUCGAGUCGCUGGAUACUGGCUCAGGCGUUGAAGAACUGCUUCAAGUGUGCGAGGAUAUCGACCAGGUGCUGACCGACAUGCCCGACAUGAAGGCUCAGCUUCUGAUCUCACACGGUGCUCUGGCUCUCAUCCAGCUGCUCGAGGCAGCCACGGAUCGCGAACUAGCGACACGAUUGCUUGGCAUCCUUAACCUCAUCAUCUUUGAGGACCCGGAAGCGCAAGAAAGCCUCUGUCUCAUCGGCGCCAUUCCAGUCGUCAUGACCUUUACCACGAAGAAAUGGCCGCACGACCUUCGACUUGAGGCGGCGCACUUUGUCUUUGCCAUGUGUUCCACCUCCCGGCUCACGCUGCAGUUCGUCCUGAGCUGCCGUGGUCUCCGUACGCUGGUCAAUCUCAUCGACGAGGACUACCUUGAGCAGAAGGAUCUGGUCUGGAUCGGCGUUGGCUGCGUCAGCAGUGUGCUGGAACUGCAGAGCCCUGCUUCUCGCAACGACUUCUGCCGCAUGCUUGCUCAGGAAGGUCUACUGGAGCCCUUGUCUUCGGCGCUGCAGAGCGUCAUUGACGACGACGAAGACGAGUACGCCUCGGAAGCUCGUGCCAACAUUCUUCAGAUCCUGCUGAUCUACUCGCAGUCGGACAGCUACCUGAAAAAGCAGGUCGCUACACGCAGCGUCCUUCGCCGGAUCUUGCGCUCAGCGUCCAGACUUGACGCCGAGUCUUUAAGUCUCAUGCUCAAGAUCGUCAAAAACCUGUCUAUGUCUCCGACGAUCCUCGAUGAGAUGCAAAACGCCAACACGAUCGAGAUUCUCACCAACGUCCUCGCACAGCACCACAGUGGCCCGCAUGGUACCGAGAUGUCGAACCAGGUGCUCAACACCAUGUACAAUCUCUGUCGACUGUCCAAGUCACGCCAGGAGGAAGCCGCACAGGCUGGCAUCAUCCCGCAAUUGCUUCGUGUGGCUCGCACGAACUCGCCUCUGCGACAAUUUGCGCUGCCAAUUCUGUGCGACUUUGCACAUGCCGGCAAAGCGACUCGCAAGAUGUUCUGGCAGCACCGCGGUCUCCACUUCUACCUCAAGCUGCUCGAAGAUCCCUACUGGCAAGUCUCGGCGCUGGAGAGCAUCCUCGUCUGGCUGCAAGACGAGACUGCGCGCGUCGAGGAAGUCUUGCUGCAGUCUGCGUCGAUCGAGUCGCUGCUCUGUAUGUUUGCAACUAGCAAAGCCAACUCGUUCGAGAACCUUCUGGAGCCCUUCGUCAAGAUGUGUCGGCUCUCCAGCGGCAUCGUGGCUGCCAUGGCGCGCAACACGCUCUUUGUCAAGCGGUUGCUCGAACGCUUGUCGCACCCCAAGGCCGUGGUCCGGCUCAAUUUGCUGAGAAUCACCAAGAUGGUCUGCGAUCUCAAGGGCGAUUCGCACUCGCCGCUGGUGGAGCAGCUCAAGGUGUACGACGUUGUCGAGAAGCUGAGCAACAAGGACAAUGCAGUGCUGGUCAAGGAGCUGGCACGCGACAUUCUCAGCCAGCGACACGUGGAGCGGGAGGCCAGCAGAAACGUCAGACGCACGUCGUCGGAUACACACAUGGGCGAUGGCACUCGCACUUCCGGCAGCAGUCCGAGCUCGAUGCCUCCUCCGCUUCCCAGUGCCGCUCUCGGUCAGCUGGUCGGUAUGCGUGCUUCCGCUCCGUACCGGCGCAAGAUCUCGAACGGCACCGCCGGCGACGCUGGCGAUGUGUCGUCCAACAGCGUCGCCAACUCGAUCAUUCACGAGCGAUCUAUCUCGAGCACCUCUCCUUCCUCCUCCGUUGGCGCUUCGAUGGUAGGCACACCCUCCGCAGCGCGCAGCACAGCGAUGCGCAACCUCGUCGGCAGGCUGAGCCAAUCGCGACGUUCCAUCACACCAAAUCGCGAACUCGUGGGUCCCAAUCAGCGCACCUCGCCGCUGACGACCAUGGACCCGCUCCCGCAAGGCGAGGCUGUGCGACCCCGGCAGAACUCGCAGCCGCAGCUCGGGUCCAAAGCACCGCAGGAGGGCUCACCAGAAUCGUUUCCGGGCAACGAGAAGAAGCUGUCCUCUGCCCACCUGGGACUGUCGAGGGGGAUGAGUCCGAGGGUGAGAAGCAUUUCGAACGAGAUCAAGCGCGCAGCGGCGUAUGCGCAGUUGGCGGGUGCAGAGGAGCAGAGGUUGCACAAGGUGCCCUCGUUGCAUGCGUCGGUGGAUGUGGGAGCGAGGAGGGCGCAGAUGGAGGAGGAUGAGAAUGAAGAGGUGGAUGAGUUUCAGGGAUCGGACAGGGAUCGGACGAUGAGGCCGCCCUCGAGGAGACCUAUUCCUUCGCUGCCUUCCGGUCAUCGGUUCUCGCCGUAG